AUUUAAAAUUGACCAAUCAAUAAAGUGCUAAAUGAUGACUUGAUCAUUAAACCACGCCCCAUUUCUUUGGAAAGUGAUUUUAUACAGAGUGAUUAAUGUUUUUUACUCGGAUACAGGGCGUUGAAGUUGUGUAGGAAAAAAAUACUGUUUAAGUGAUUCAAAACUAUGACGAUAUUUCUAGGACAGAAAUGGAUACAAACAUGACAUAAAAAUCGAGAUAGAGGGUGUUGAGAUUAUGAUUUCAAAACAGAGAAUAAAAUCGACUUCAAAUUUUAUACAUGCAGUAUUAAUAGCAUAAGCAAUACAUAUAAAAUUAUUUGCGCCUUUAACUAUACAAGACCCAGAAACUGGGAUGUUGAAAUGAUCGAGAGAAAAUGGUGAUUAAAAAAUGGUUUUUCUCUUACUUUGAAUUCACGCUGAAAUUUCGCGUUGCAAAUUGGCCAAUUUUGUUUCAACAGAGGAUUAAUAUUUCGCUACAACACUAUUGUAUUUAUGAUAUUUAUUUAUAAGAAGCGCUAAUAUACUUUACAGGCGGUGUAAAGCAGAUUUUUGUUCAUUCGGAAACAAUUCGAUAGAGGUAAAAAGAUCAAUAAAUAAAAACCAUCUCACUAUGUGUAUACCUUUCGUGAAUAAUUAUAUGUAACGCCACUGCAAUGGUUGGGUGAUAAAAUUUCAAUUAUGGUAGAGGCACCAUAAAAUAUCAAUUACUGAAUAUAACGGAAAAAAUAGUAGCCAACAAGCUACCUGGAUUGUACUCCGACAACCUCUGGAAUGCAUUUUUUUGCCAAUAGGAUAGUUUAGAAUCAAUUGUUCGGACCUCUUGUUAUGCUAUUUCUUCCUCCAAAUUUAUUGAAAAGAAUAUGCUUCUAAAGUCGAUAUUCUGGCUUAUUUUGCUAGGUAUAUUACAAUUUUGCUAUUGCACAAUACCGGGAGAGAGUCCUUGCCCAAAAGUAUUAACAUACGAAGAUAUAGGUGCAUCUGAUGAAUAUGACGCAAAAAUAGUGCUGCAGAGUGAUAUGGAACUGAUUGGCGUAUGGCUGACUUUAGAAUUCGAUCGCCCUACUGUAUUAGAGAUAGGGAACUGGCUCGGUGAGGUGGUGAUCCUAAACACCACCAGAUUCCUGAUCAGGAACACAGAUCGCAUCAUCAAACCGACUCAGGCACAAGCAGAACAUUUCAUAGUGAGGUACGACCCGACGUUAAUUGCACCAAAACUGACCAAGAUUUAUCUAAACGGCAGAAUAGUGUGCAGCUAUCUUGACGCAGUUAUUGCGACUGUAUUUCGGCCUCGAGGGAGAAAUCCUGGGUUCCCGAGCAGCUGGAUACCCGAUGUAACCUCAACCACUUUGUCUCCAAUUGGGGGCCAAAAUGAAGCCAACAAUGUAUUGGGCAUUGGUUUCCGUUCUCAAGGCGAUUACUUUCCAGGAGAUUUUGCAGCGUUUGACGAAUCUACCAAUCUGUUGGAGGUACCUGAUAUUUGUGGAACUGUAGUAAAGCCUCCGAAAGCACUGAUAACUUAUGGUCAACAAACCGAUGAGGGAGAAUUUCCAUGGCAUGCUGCGCUCUAUCGCUCGGAAAAGGGAAGACUCCUUUACAGUUGUGGAGCUUCGCUCAUCACUAUAAGGCAUUUGAUCACUGUAGCACAUUGUGUCACUACUGGAAGGGGCACCACAGAGACCAUUUCCACUGACAGACUAGUUAUAUAUUUAGGUAAAUACUACUUAGACAGUUUCAAGUCUCCUGGACUCCAAACCUAUUCACCAGAGUUUAUAAAAGUUCACGAAGAUUACUACUCACCAGAGUUGAAGAAUGAUUUGGCGAUAAUCAAACUAAGUUCAGACGUUAGAAUCACGAACUACGUUAGACCAGUCUGUAUUUGGGGAGGAGACACAAGCGUAGAGGAAAUCGCAGGAAAGCAAGGAACUGUAAUAGGGUGGGGAUUCGAUCAUACCAGACAACUCAACAACAUUUUAACCAAGACUGAGAUGCCUGUUGUUCCACUAACCACGUGUAUAUACUCCAAUCCAGAUUUCUUUGCUAGAUUCACAUCAGAAAAAACUUUCUGUGCUGGCUUCAGAAACGGUACAUUAGUAUGUGAAGGUGACUCAGGUGGAGGUAUGGUAUUGCCAAAACCAAACUCUAAUCCAAUGAAUCCAGUAUGGCAACUGAGAGGAUUAGUCUCAUUGGCUAAAGGUUUUCAAAGCAGCUGUGAUACCCAUCAUUUUGCUGUAUUUACUGAUAUUGCAAAAUAUUUAGGUUGGAUAAGACACACUUUAAAAUUGUAACUGAUAAAGGAGAAAAGCUGGAAAACUGACAGAUGGAUAAAUACAUUUUUGUUGAAAAUUGUGCUGUAUAGUGUACAUUGUGCAGUCAUUAAAAAGUGAAAAGCUGUCUUUUUUAUUGAUAUACAUAAUUUGAUGUAUUAUUUUGAGACUGAUUUUUGUAUAGGGUUUUGUAUGCU